GAGAGAGAGAGACUGGAGUUGUGUCCCAUAUGUGAGGAAAAAAAGCAAAGCAGAUCACACACACAAACAGUUGCCUGGUCCAGUCUGCUCUCCGGAUUAUCCAAGCGCUGCUAUCAGAUGGGAUGGAGGAUAUGCAGGCAUGAAGAGGGCUAUCGCGUCAUCCGUGCAAGUGCAUGCCAGUGAUGGACUUCAAGCCAACAGAGGCUAACGCUGGCAGGCAUUCACACAACCGCAUUCCUCUUCACUAAGACCAGCUCCACAGAAUGCUGAGUCCCAUUGUCCCCUAUAGCUUAUUCAAGAUGCACUGGAACCCAGAGCAUGCCCAAUCCCUCAGCCAGUGGCCUGAGCAACACCUGGAUGUCUCUUCCACCACCUCCUCACCGGCACACAAGUCGGAAUUCUAUUCCAGCCGUGGCCACAGCUCCUACAACUACUCUUGGGCCAACGAUGACAUCUCCGCCCUCACAGCUUCCAAUCUGUUGAAGCGCUAUGCUGAGAAAUACACCGGCGGACUGGAUUCAACGUUUGAGCGGACACCUCCUGUGGGCACCUACCCAGAGCAGAGUGCCUUUGGGGGUCUCAGUAGCCAGAAGACUGAACUGGAAGCCUGGCCGCUGACACAAACCUCUGAUGGCUCCUACUCCCUUGUGCCCCCUGGAGGCCACGAGAGCCUGUCCACUUCCAAGGCUGUGGCCACGGGCGCAGGCCCUGCCAGGAUUGGCAGUGUGUCAGUGGUGAACAGCAACCUCUCAGACUCCGGCUACAGUGGCGGUAGCUCCUGCAGCGGCUCCAAUGACUACCCCUCCAACUACAACGGCACCUAUCUCUCGUCUGCAUACUGCCCCCAACCCAGUGCAGCACUUCCUCCUGCCUCCCUUCAUACACUUCAAUCCACCCCCGCUGUGGUACCCAGUUAUAGUCCGACCACACCUGUCUAUAGCUACCCGCCCAGCACAUAUUCUCCCCAGAACAGCCUUGCCCCCAGCUAUAGCCACCCCUCUGCAACAUACUUACCCUCAGGUCUGCCUGCACCCACUCCUGUUCCUCCUAGGCCCUCGGUGGUAGGUAGCAACUACAGUUACCAGACCACCAACAUUGGCCCAUCCGAGUCUGUUGGGCUGUUGAAAAGAAAAGCAUUUCAGAUGGCUGUAGAAGGGAAUGAAGUUGGGGACAGCACUUUUUACAAGAAAUACAGCUACGAUGCGCAGAAAGCUGGUGAAAACUCACCAUACAGUGUGAGUGACAAAGCACAUUGCCACGGAAACAGAUUCAGCAGUUCAGUAAGCAAUACAGAGCCACAAAAGUUUAAACCUAGCAAACCCUCCUCGCAGCCCCUGCUAUCUCCCCAGUAUGGGCCAGCUGGUGAGUACAGUCCUCCUGCUGGAAUGACAGGAGAUAACGCAGCAGGGGAGCAGGCCUUGACCCAACAACAGCAGCAACAGAAGCAGUGCUCUGAGGCCCACAAAGCUUCUUCAUUGUGUUGUCCAACUGUUAAAACUCUGAAGAGUCCAGACCCCCAAGUGUUGGACCUGAUUGACGAGGAGAUUUUGGACUGCAGCCCAGCCCUAAACUGGGGCGAGUUGGCUGGCCUCACUCACGUAAAGGCUGCUUUGGAAGAGGACCUCCUGUGGCCUGUCCUGAGGCCCAGUCAAGUGAUGCAGCCACCAAGAAGCAUCCUACUGUUUGGCCCCCGUGGAGGGGGUAAAUCCACCUUGACUCAUUCUCUGGCUUCACAAAUCGGAGCUUCCCUCUACCGACUGAGCGGCGCCUUGUUGGCUUUGAAAGGAAAGGCGGAGGUAGAACACAUUCUGGGAUCUGUGUUGGAGGUGGCGGGUGCACGGCAGCCAUCAGUGGUGCUGCUUAGCCAAGUGGAAACCAUGGAGGGAGAGGGCCUGAGACAGACACUGCGCACCUUCUUGGAGAACGCCCAUAUGAGCACGGGUUUGGUGAUUGUCGUAUGCACCACCGGAAGACCGGAUCUACUGCAAGACGCGUUUCAUCGUAGCUUCACCAAACGCUACCAUGUCGGCCUGCCAGAUGCGUGUAUGCGUCGGGAGGUGCUGUUGCAAGCUCUUUCGCCUCAGGGCUACAGUCUGAGUCAGCGGGAGCUGAGCGCGAUGUCGAAGCGUACUGAAGGCUAUUCUGUGUGGGAGCUCCUGCAGCUCAGUCAGGAGGCGCUCUCCUCAGCAUCAGCCCCCACUGGGGCAAGACAUGGCAAAGCCCCAACCUUCACAGACUUUGAGAAUGCCUUCUGCAAGGUGCGCCCACACAACACCACAAAAGAGCCUGAUACUUGUAUAGAAUGGAGCAAAAUAUAUAGCCACUAGUGAGUCAGCCAGUCACUGUACUAUGACCCCACUAUUUGAAUGUUUGGUUCAUAUUUUUUGUUAUUGCAAAUCAUGCAGCCAAAAGAGCCAGCAAGUAUGAGAAAUCCCCCAUGUAAGAGGAAGCUGAAAACACAUUCAUUUGACUGGCAUUGGUUAGCUAUGAAGAUCCACAAUAUUUCCUUUUUACCCCAAAAGAAAAGAAAUGUGAACUGACCUUGAUGAGUAGUGUAGCUUCUAAUGGAAAAAUCAAAUAAUUACUUGGAAACUCAGAUUCUGUUUCGCUCGGGUCCAGAACAAAAUCAAUGAUUUGUUGCUAGGUGACGUGGUCCAAGGUAAUGGAUAAUCAGGGUUUGGUAAAUCCUUACAUUUGUCUGCUUCUCUCAGGAUUCUCUUUAUUGCCAGUCCAUUUCCAUGUACACGUCCAAACUCAUGUUCUUUGCUUUCAACAACAUUCUUUGACCAAAAACAUGACAAGCCAAAUGUUCUAUCCUUCUAAUCAAACCGAAUGGCUGAAGUCCCAAUGCUAGCUAGCUACUCGCCAAAUACUCAAGUUACUUCAUCCAAUGAGAAGUACUUCACAUGUCUCAUUCAAUGACUUCACCUCAACACUCAUGCUUAAAUAAGAUUAAAAAAAAAUUGCUUUAUUCCUCCUGACCUUCUGUCCUUAAAUUUCAUAGCCACCACAGUGAAUGACAAGCACAUUCCUCCUCAACUGCUGCGGUCUCACCUGCACACCACGUCUUUGUCUGUUUCUUUUCUGUCGUCUUGUUUGAUAUGCUCAGGAAGAAUGUCUUUACCUCAGAAAUAAGAAAGAAAGAAUGUAUGUAAUCUUUGGGGUCUCAGUGGUGAAAAGCGAGGAGAAAGCUUCUUAAAAGACAUUGUAGCUGGGCUUUUAUCCUCAGGAGAGAAACUUGAAUAUGGUACAAGAGUCACAUUGAAUGUAAUUCAGGUAUUUCAAAGGAUAUUUGAUGCCAUAAAUCCAUUUAUCGUUAUAUAUAUAUAAAAUAUAUAUGAUUGUUCUUUCUUUUAGACCACCACCCUUAUUUUAUUGUAGUUGAUGUUGGGAUAGUUGUUGUCUUUAAGAAAUACUAAUGUAGGAUACAGAACUUCAUUGUUGUUGCACAAACUGCUUUUUAUUUAAGUUUACAAUUGAAAAAAUUACAUCAUGUAGCUUAGCUUUCAUAAAACUCCAAAGUAUUUCCAGUGAGUGGAUGUUGGACGUCAAUCUAACAUAUGUAGAUCAUGCUAUCACACUUCAUUUCAUUUAUGUUAGCAUUCUGAGAAGCCAGGCAUCCAUUCAUCUAUACAUUUUUAAUAGGAUUUGUCCUCAUUAGGGUUGUGGGUGAGCCAGUUCUCUUUGACAACAGAAUCAGUUUACACCCUGGACGUUUCGCCAGUCAAUCGCAGAGCACAUAGUGACAGCCGCGCCCACUCAUAUUCACACCAAUGGACAAUUUAGACGUCUAAGAUGACUUUUGGUGAGAGAAGAGGAAAACAGAGUGCUUCAAUGAAUGGACAUAAAUACGGGUCACAUCACUUAAUCAAUUAUUGUUAUCACUCAUAAUCAGCAAUCAAUAAUGGGCUGGACUAAAAUCCCAUGUAGACAAAAUUUGUGGUACCCCUCUGUAAAUGAGAAUAAAUUAAUAAUAAUAAUAAUAAUCGCCCACGACCCCGUGGGGACAAGCGGUACAGAACGUCUGAAUUAAACAUGUCAUCACAGGGACCUCAAGCUGCUUGGAGAUGGUCUCAUAGACUUGACCUUUAACCUACUUGUCCAUUUUCCCCAGUGUCCUAAAACGGGUUUUCAACUGGUUUUGUCUAAGAGACCACCAUUAUAACCUAGAAGCAACUCGCGGACCACUGCUUUGGCAGAAUAUCUCAGCUACAUUUGACAUAAUUUGGAUGGGCAAAUGAUUCACAAAAUUAGCUGGAAAAUAAAUCAAGUCUAAAUAAUAAAUCCAUUUUAUUUUUAAAAAUGUUAAAAUUAUUUUCCAUUUCAAAUUUUACGGACCACCUGCAGUACCGCCACGGAACACUGGAGGGCCGCAGACCACCUGUUGAGAAUCCUUGUCCUAAAACAUCGUUCUCAUUCAAGAUAUUUUAUUUAUACAACGCAUUUCACAAUAGCUGGAGUUGUAACAAAACCCUUUCCAUAUCACAAUGAGCCCGCCGUAAAGACAGUAAACUAAACAGUGGAACAGUAAAUUAAACCACAAAUUAAAAUACUGUAGUAGAACAACAACAAUAAAGUCAGUCAAAAGCCAAAGAAUAAAAAUGGGUCUUCAAACGAGUUUUAAAAAUGGAGAGGGGGCUUGCCUAACCUUUAAGGGGAGGUCAUUCUAGAGGGAAGGAUCGGCAACAAAAAAGGCUCGAUCCCCACUGAGACUCCACUUAGACCUCAGCACUUCCAGUAGCGUAUGGUCUACGGACAUGAAGCCUCCAUGUUGAGGCCACAUCUUGCCGUGAUAUAUUGGAUUCUGUGGCUCCAGUAAAAAUACUGGACAUAACAUGUCACCAACAGUGAUGAGUUGUCAUCCUUUAACUUGAAUUGCAAGUUUGAAAACAAAUAUGAUCCUAAUUCGAGGACACACCUUGUGUCUAAUGAUUUUUAGGCUUUACUAGGGGUACCAUUGUUUUUGUCUCAGCCCAUUUCAUCAGUUCAAAUGCAACACUUCAAAAGCAAUGUCUGAUUUUGGUUAAUUUUCAUUGAAUUUUGAUUUAUCAUACUUUUAUGUUUUCCCGAUUUAUUUAUUAUUAUUUUUCUUUUCAUUGGUAGAGGGUUACCAACCGUUUUUUAUCUUCUCCCCAAGCACCCAAGCAAGCAUCCUUCACCUUCCCUGGAAAUGCUGUGAUUGAUUUUUAGUCAGUCCAAUGCAACGCUUGGUCAAUCACAGUGACCAUCUUGCAUAGUGGCGAGUACAAGUGAACUUUGUAAUUAUUUAUGAAAUAUACUACAUGAUGACUCGUAACAAGAGUAGUUUGUCCAACAAAAAAAUGGUUUGACUUUUUACACUUUCUUUGCAUUCAUAAAGUUUUUCUUGUAUAAUUUCUGUAACAAUUUCUACCUCAUUUGUUUGCGACAUAGUGUACAUGAAAGUAUUUAUUUCAUGUCUUUUUUUUUAUGUUGCUGAAUUUUGGAAUUGAUAAUGUUCUUAAACUGUAAUGGUCUACCUCAGAAAAAAGGCUGUAUUUUAAAAAGAAGAGUAUCACACAAAUAUUAAACAGAAUCUGUCAAUAUUGCA